GCACUCUGGCCGCUAAUAACUCCAACCGAGAGAUGCCGGAACAGAGCCCUGAAGAGCAGUGCACAAAAUGAGCACUCAGAAGGCCUCGCCGGCUUCGUCUUCGGCGCCCCGGUCAUUCAGUUCGCUUCUUGUUCUUUAUCUUUUCGUGCUGCUUGUGUUGAUCUCGGUUGGUCUGUUCGCUCUGGCCUGUAAUGGGUCGCCUUCUCAGCUCGAACUUGCCUUGCCGUGGAAGUUGAGAGCUGGUUUUGUCAGCUCGAGAGCCACCAUUGCUCUAUCUGCACUCAGGCCAGAUGAUUUGGGCCGCGCCGUCGAGUCUCCGUCGCGUUCGAAUUAUUCGGAAGCAAAACAUGUAGCUGUUGCUCCUCUAAGAAACGCGGCCGAGACUGAGAUGCUGUCGGAGAAACCGGAAUCGGAUGAACCGGUGGCCAUCGAAGAGCCUGUGAGGGUUGCCAAAAGAUAUAGCAGGUUAGAGAGCCUAGAGUCCAGCCUGUCCAGAGCCCGGUCCGCCAUCAGGGAAGCCGCCCUGGUCCGGAACCUGACGUCGGUCCACGCCGACGCCGACUAUGUCCCCCGAGGACCGAUUUACAGGAACGCCAACGCUUUCCACAGGAGCUAUCUGGAGAUGGAGAGGCUGUUCAAGAUAUAUGUGUACCAAGAAGGGGAGCCGCCAAUGUUCCACGACGGGCCAUGCAAGAGCAUAUAUUCCACGGAGGGAAGGUUCAUCCAUGAGAUGGAGAGAGGCCAGAACUUGUACCGGACCGUGGACCCUGACGAGGCCCUCGUCUACUUCCUCCCCUUCAGCGUGGUCAUGCUGGUCCAGUACCUCUACGAGCCCGGGUCCCACGAGACUCGCGCCAUCGGGCGUGCCGUCGUCGACUACGUGGACGUGUUGGCCGCAAAGUACCCGUUCUGGAACCGGAGCCUCGGGGCCGAUCACUUCAUGCUCUCUUGCCACGACUGGGGGCCGCGCGCGUCUUCCUACGUACCCAACCUCUUCAGCAAGUCCAUCCGGGUCCUGUGCAACGCCAACACCUCGGAAGGGUUCGACCCCUUCAAGGACGCGUCGCUCCCGGAGAUCAACCUCAAGACCGGGGAGAUCUCCGGCCUCCUCGGCGGACCCUCCCCGUCGCGCCGCGGCAUCCUGGCCUUCUUCACGGGCCGCCUGCACGGCCACAUCAGGCACCUGCUGCUGCGGGAGUGGAAGGGCAAGGAGGACCCGGACAUGCGAGUCUACGACGAGCUCCCACGCGGGGCGAGCUACGAGUCGAUGCUGAGGCAGAGCAGGUAUUGCCUGUGCCCGAGCGGGUACGAGGUGGCGAGCCCUAGGGUGGUGGAGGCCAUAUACGCGGAGUGCGUGCCCGUGCUGAUCUCCGACGGGUACGUGCCGCCGUUCAGCGAUGUCCUGAACUGGAAGGCCUUCUCCGUGCGGGUGCAAGUGAGGGACAUACCCAACAUCAAGAAGAUACUGAUGGGCAUUUCGCAGUCGCAGUACCUGAGGAUGCAGAGGAGGGUGAAGCAAGUGCAGAGGCAUUUCGUGGCCAACGCGCCGAGGCGGUACGACGUCUUCCACAUGACCGUCCACUCCAUCUGGCUCCGCCGGCUGAACAUUCGGAUCGCCGACUCGGCUUAAACCGGGCGAGUGCGUCGAGUAGAUGAUCGGAAAGAGAGACUGUUGCGGCUUUUCUCCGUUAUGUGUAGCAUUGCUGUGCGGGAAAGAUGAGCAGAUUUUUAUCGCUCGGGAAGAAUUUGCUCUCUUGUUUGGGAAACAAUAUUUUUUUUAGCAUCAUGUCUUUGGAUAGACCAUUUUGAGCAGCCCUGACAGAGGGCAAGAAACUACGUAGGUUAGAUUUUCUGUUCUCAAAAUGUUUACGAUCAAAAAGUUCCGAGCAACGCUUAA